AUCGCAUGGAUUGGUUGUUGUCAAGCAAACGAAAUGUAAUUCAUCUUGUCAAGCAUUUUUAACUUUUUUAACCGUUUCUUUUGCUAUUAUAAGACUUAACUACACCCUGAACACAAAGUUAAACUCUGCAAGAAUAACUUGAGAACCAAUGAAACCCAAAGAGAAUUACCUCCUUUUCAAGGGGUAAUAUUACCUGAUUCAACAAGUGAAAAUAUUAUUUCUACUCGACGAGACGACAAACAAGGACUUCACAGUUCGGUAUGGUCGAAAAUAAGUGAAGAAGUUCUGUAAAGAAAGAUGAUUUCUGCCGGGAAUUAGAAACCAAUGGCUACGGUCGCUAAACAGGACUCUAAAACAGACCUUACAGAAAUAAAUAAUAAUGUUGAAAGCCAGGAAAAAAUUGUGAAUCGAGUUGGAAGUGCAGGAAGUAACACAACAUGGCGUCUUGUUCUUCUUUCUUCCAAAAUACGACAAUCUUCUGUGUUAUCAUCAGCUACCAGGUCUGGAGUUCGUAUUUUAUCCUAUAAAUAUGACAGCACAACACUAGAAUCUCUUCUUGCUCAAGUUCAACAAACUCUGGGUGAAAAAAGAGUUGAGAGUAUUGGGUUUAUUGCCAAUGGUCAACAAGGAACAUUGCAGUUAUGUGCAAAUGGAGAUCAAGUAAUCUCACUUCGAACCCUCAAAGAGCAAGGAGACAUUAGGAACUUUUUCACCCAGAUAGUGAGUACUUGUCUUGAUAGCACGUCAUCAGGAGCAGGGCUGGAUUUCCUGGCCUGUCCACUGGCACAGAGCAGUGAUGUUAUACAAGUACUGGACUUGCUGGAGAAUCUGACCAAGGUGUCUGUUGGUAUGACAAAAGAGUUGAUGGGUGCUGAUGUAAGAAGCAAUCCCAACAACAAUGAUGAUAAUACUAGUUCCUUCCCAGGUGAUUUAUACUUUAAGAGUGAAAAGAUGAGAGGAUGGUCAGGGGCACAACCACAGAGUAUCAGCAACUUUGAAAAAAUUAAAACUGUAGGAAAAGGUGCAUAUGGAGCAGCAGUGCUGUACAGGAAGAAAGAUGAUGACUCACUUGUUAUACUAAAAGAGAUUACCCUACAUGAUUUAAAUGCUGUUGAACGGCAGAUGGCUAUGAAUGAGGCCAAGGUUUUAUCCAAGCUUAGUCUCCACCCUAAUAUAAUUAGUUACUAUGAUAGCUUUGAGGUAGAUGGUACCCUGAUGAUAGAGAUGGAAUAUGCUGAUGGAGGGUCAUUAGAUCAGUACUUGAUGCGUCUGGACAAAGACAUGGAUGAAAAAGACAUUUUGAUAAUGUUUCAGCAAAUGCUGUCUGCCUUGAAGUAUAUCCAUGACAACAAUAUUUUACACAGGGACUUGAAGACAGCCAAUAUAUUUCUAACAAAAGACACAGUUGUAAAGUUGGGUGAUUUUGGUAUCAGUAAACAACUUGAAGGGUCCAAAGCCAACACAGUCUUGGGGACACCUUACUACAUCUCUCCUGAAAUGUGUGAAGGCAAGGAUUACAAUCAAAAGAGUGAUGUAUGGGCUCUUGGCUGUAUUCUCUAUGAAAUGGCCUCAAGACAGAAGACAUUUGAAGGGUCCAACCUUCCAGCAUUAGUCAACAAGAUCAUGAAGGGUCAAUUUGCACCAAUAAGAGGCAACUAUACUCCAGAAUUUAGAAACCUGGUGAAGGACAUCUUACAGAAAGAGCCCGAACUACGGCCCUCUGUUACUGACCUCCUCUACGAAAGAGUCCCUAAGCUGUUAGCUCGCUAUGACGAUCCCACGGAAGACGAGCUCAGUAGUUCCAUGGAACAAAACAUGAGGAAAAAGACAAGGUCUCUAUUCUUUUAUCUGGACAUGACGACAGUCAGUAUGUAUCCAAUAGAAACACCAGUACGAGCACAGCUGGGUGAGGUGGCUGUUGGUACAUCUCACGUUACCGUGGUAACACUAGAGGGAUCGGUGUACACGUGGGGUGAUAAUGGGUGUGGUCAGCUGGGUCAGGGGGACUUGAUCAACAGAGACAAACCAACCUUAGUCGAGUCGCUGAAAGGAAAAUCCAUCACCAGAGUGGCUUGUGGAGAUAAUUUUAGCGUCUUUGUAACUGACAAUGGUAUUGUCAUGACAACGGGAUCGGGCGAACAAGGCUGCUUAGGACACGGUGACUGGACUAGUAUCUCACGGCCCAAGCUGAUCGAGGGGUUACUAAGCGUUGACGUCACUGCUGUGUCUUGCGGACCACAUCACGUGGCUGUGGUGUGUAGUGAUGGUCUGGUGUUUACUUGGGGUAAAGGAGCAGAUGGAAGACUGGGACUAGGAGAUGAAGAGAAUCAUUGUGUUCCAUGUCAGAUAUCUUUAGAGGUGCCGGUAUCUAUACGGGAUGUACGGUGUGGUACUGAUGGUACGAUGUUCCUGACAGACACUGGUGCCCUGUUAGCAUGCGGCAGCAAUGCUAACAACAAACUUGGACUGAACAACAGACAAGGGUUUCUGAUGCAGAUGAAGAACCUUCUUAACAAAGUUCAAGUAGAAGUCAAGAAAAACCCCACCGCUGUAAAAGCAUUAUCUCGUUACCGUGUCAUCGACGUAGCCCUGGGACCUACCCACAGUGCAGUGCUGGUGGAACCGGGUCACGUGUAUACAUUCGGAGCCAAUAGCGAAGGUCAGCUUGGGUGUGGUAACACUAAACCACGUGAUGCGCCUGCUACAGUUAAACCACUCGAGGAAAAGACUGUUACGAUGGUUCUGUGUGGUGAUGGUUUUACAGUGGUCGGUACAAAUGACAACACAUUGUUUUACUGGGGGUGUCGUCCAUCAAGGCGACAGCGUAAAGCAAGUGAGAAUGGUGACAAGACUGAUACAGAGACAGCAAGCCUCAAGAAACACAAGCGAAAUGCUAGUGGAAGCAUGAGUAUUGGCAGCUCUGACAGCCUGGAUUACUCAUCUGGCAACAACAAUGGUCUGGGAAGCAGCCAGACGUUUGCAGUGCGUCGUGAUGGUGUACUUGAGUUAUCUCAGGGGAGGACAGAGCGAGGACGAAAAGAAGGGGUACAAGAGGGAAUGGCGAUGCCGUUGUCUCAGAAGAAAAGAAAAGAUGCUGUGCAUGAAGACAGUACUGGUGCCCUAGACCUCAUGGAUAGCUGUGCUAGUCUAGCAGACAAUACAAAUACCAGUCUUGCUCUGUCAGAGUUCGACUUUCAAGACAAUAAUGGUUCCAAAGAGAUCGCCAAGAACUAUAUCCGUAUGUCCUCUCGUAAGGGUCGUCUGAAUGGCCAGGUGGGCAUGGGCUCUCUCAGGAUGCAUGAUAAUGAGCCUGUGUGUACCCCCAUCUCUUUAUUCCAUUGGGACGCUAUUUGUGGCAUUGAUGAUAAUGACUCUGAAUACCCUGUCUAUUUACAGGAUAUUAGUGGUUAUGGAGAGAAUAUUUUCAUUCAAAUAGAAACAGCAGCCCCUCCCCCUCGUAAACGAUCAAAGAAGAGAUCAUGUAAGAAAGGAAACGAGAAGAAAUCCAGUAAACGAGUCAACGAGAGCCAAAAUAGUUCUCGUCUUGGUCCAGCGUUGGAUUCAUCAGUCGGUUCAAGUUCCUCUGAGAUGGAAGCCUUAGGAGAGGCUCCCACAUGGAUAAGAAACGAGCUCAAAGAAGGUAUAAUAGCUUCCGAAGCAGUAGACGACGAUGCAGACAGUGAGGAAGAAACAGACAGUGAUGGUCGGACAGACAGUGAAAUAGAAGAUGGGGAUGACGGUGAACAGGAUAAAAACAAAUCUCUUAAGAAAACUGGUAAGUCACGAAACAUUGCGUCACACAAUAUGGAUCUGUCACACAAUCAUGUGUUAACGGUAAAAAAGAGAACAGGACCACCUUCUCCACUGGCUUCACGUCAAACAAAAUCUAUCGCGUCCACGCGACCAGAGAGACCACACGAUACCAGAAGACCUGUAGGACGAUCACGAUUCAGUCAAGCUGCGAACAGAGCAAGGCCUGGACCUUCCAGACAAGUAGACUAUAAGGGCAAGAUGAAUACCGACCUGCGAACCUUACAAACAAGACACGAACAGGUUGUAAGCGAGCUGCAGCGUGAUGCUAUUGAGGCACAGUUGGCUCUAAAACAAGAAAUUGAGAAGCUAAAAGACGAAAAGGAAGAGAGUGAACAGCAACUGAAGCAAUACCAAGAAGGAGAAUCCAAGAGACUAGAGCAGUGGAAAGCACAGCAAGAACAAGAAUCUAAGGAAAAAGAAACUAGACUCACAGAAGAAGUUCAAAAUUUGAAAACAGAAUUGUUAAAGCAAUAUGGGAAACUACAAGAUAAUUAUAACGUUGUGAUUUCCUUGCAAGAGCAACUUGCAAGACUGCAACAGGAACAGUUACGGCAACAAGCAAAGGAGAAACGACAAAAUUCCAGUCUAGUCAAUCAAAACAAAGCAAAGAGCUCUGUUUGCAGUACGAUGUAGAUGAUGUUAGAUGAUGUUGAACAAACUGAGCAGCCUGGCUGUUACUAAGAAACAAAAACAUCACGAAAAAUGUACACACUUCAUGAAUUGUCUAACAAGAGUUGCAUGAAGAACGUAAAAAGUGAUGUUCACAUUUCAUGAAUCGCAGGCUCGUAUAAAGAAGGACACUACACCUUAGAUGUACGACACCUGACUGAAUGAUAAGUACAUGAAUAACAAGAAAAUGUUAAAUAAUUAAUUGUACUUAGUACUACACAGAAUUAAUAUAUGUACAUGGCCCACCAUUCAUAUUAAUAUAAUAUAUAUAACAUAUUUAUAAUUAUUAUACAGUUACACUUUUGCACACAGAAACAAUCAGACAUCAUAAAAAGAAAAAUCUACUGCAAAGAUUUCAUACUGUCUUUCUCUCAUCUUUCCUUUUGUAAAAAUGAAUGAAACAAAACUAAACUACUCGCUGUAACAUGAUACACAUUUAUUGCAAUAAAAAUAGCUGAAAUGAAAUAAA